UCAGACCAGGCCAUAUUUAUUCACCGUCAUAGCUUUACAUAUCAUCAGUCCAUCACCGGCUAUAAAUAGAAAUUAAUUAAGCGGUGAAAGUUUCAGAACGCCGAAGAUGAUUCAUGCAAUCAAAUCAAUAAGAACGCAGUCACCGUCUCUGACAAUCACACCAUCUCUGCAUCCGUCAAGUUACUUGAGCCGGAAAGCCUCUCGGGUAGGAUUCAGGCAGGCCUCCGCCACAACUCAGUCGACUGAGCCGGACAGCGAACCCGACAUGGACGAGAAUCUAGCUGAUAACCCACACAAGAAAUCUGGGGACGUGAUGUCUCAAUCGUUUGGAGAGGCAUAUGCAACACGGUGCGAGGAUGAUGGAUUUGGAGGGAUAUAUGGUGGAAACCAGCAGUCGGUUGCGAAAGUGGAGCAAGAACAGCUCAUCCAUGAGAACCACCCAGAUUAUGAUAGAACUCAGGGAAGUGAGGUUACGGAGAAAGAGAAAGGUCGACAUCAAAAGGAAGCUUCAACUAAUUAAGCGAUCCUAGUGGAGUGGCCUCCUCCUACAUAAGAUUUUGAUUUUACUUUCAGUCAAGUCAUUUUUCGUUUUGCUAGCUUCCAGUCAUGUUUUCUGGAGAGUGGAUGGACGACAACUUAUAUAUGUAGCAGUCGUGUAUAUAUAUGACUAGCUCUAUACUUCUGUGAUAAGGGUUUUGUACGAGAAAUAAUGUUUGUUGUUUUAGUUAAUUUGUUUUCCGGCGUUUAUGGUUU